GAGCGGUGUGCUGCCGAGCGUGCGUACUAAACUCUCUACCUCUCGUGUCGUACAAUAUAAACUGUGUACAAAAUGGUCGCCUUUGCGUUAAACAACCCAGCAGUGCAGUCGUACAUUGUAUACUCUGCUAUUCUAGCUCUUAAACUGUUGGCGUUGUCGCCGAUGACCGGUGUGGCGCGAGUUAUCCGUGGUGUGUUCGCCAAUCCAGAGGAUGCCAAGACGAUCAAGGGCGGUAAAGUGAAGUACGACGAUCCUGUCGUGGAAAGGAUAAGGAGGGCGCAUCUCAACGAUUUGGAGAACAUUCCUGCGUUCUGGGUGCUGGGUGCUCUGUACGUGACGACUGGACCAGUGGCCGCCUGGGCCACGCUACUGUUCCGUGUGUACACGCUGGGCAGGAUCCUGCACACCAUCGUGUAUGCCGUUGUCCCGCUCCCGCAGCCGGCGCGAGCUAUUGCCUUCGUUGUCCCCGCAUUCGUCUCAUUCUACAUGGGUCUCCAAGUUAUAUUAUAUUACAUCACUGCAUUGUAAAUCAGCUAAACUCAUUGCGCAUUCAAGUGAUCAAUUGUUCUAAGUGG